UUAUGUAUUCUCACUGAUUGACAGUCAGUGAAAGUCAAUGUCAUGUUAUCUCAUGCCCGAACCUAAAUUUCCAAAUUUCAUAAUAAUUUUCCACUUUUUGAAUUUUGUAAAUGUCAGCAGAGGACUUCAUACAUAAAGCAUUAUUUGUCCAGCUACAAAUAGCAAAUGCAAGCUGCUACAGUAGAUAUUACUGGCAUAAAGUAGAACUUUGAGUAAAAACCAAAUAAUGGCAAGUAAACCAACGAAACGGAAAUCCAUUCAUGCGACUAAGCUGAAUUUCCGACCGACCACCAGUGAUAUUAACAUUGAGUUCAAAGGCACUAAGCCGACCUGUGAGCCAACAUCAAUCAAAGAGAUAUUUAUGCUAAUGGUUCUGUAUCUAUGUAAGAAGUCUCUUUUCUUCGACACCAAUUUGAAAGUGGGCAUCUAUCUGGCUUCGUUAUUCCUCAUUUCCCUAAUUGCCGAUGUUGCUACAAUACCCAGAGGAUACUUAUCCAGAUCUGAUAAUAUUUUAAACAAAUACUUUGUAAAGUUUGCUUGGGGCUGGAACCUUUUGCUGCUGUCUCCCUAUGUGAUAUUCACCUCAUACGUGUACUGUUGCGGACAAUUUAAACGAAUUGCUCAACACCAUUUACCUAGACUCGCGAUUGCAACGCUGCUCUGGUACUUCUGGACCAACUUGUUCAAUUAUAUUGAGGCCUCAUUUGGGAGAUGCCAGAUUAAACAAUACUCCUCGAAAGGAUCCUGUUUGAAAGCUGGACAUAUGUGGAAUGGUUUCGAUACUUCUGGGCAUACAUUUAUCUUGAUUUAUGGCAGUCUAGUGCUCAUAGAGGAGACCAGGUCUAUGGUCAGCUGGGACAGCAUUAAAGAGUUUCUAAGACUGGAGGAACAUAAUAGAGCCACCAGGCAAACAGAACAAAGCACUAAUCCUCUCAGAAAUUUAUCUAUUGAAGAAUUCCAAACACUGCAAUACAACUAUGAAAAAUACACUCCUUAUAUUAGGGGAGUGUUCAUUUCGAUUACGAUUAUUCAGCUGCUUUGGGAUAUUAUGCUAGUUUGCACAAUGCUCUACUAUCAUGUAAUGAUUGAGAAGUUCCUAGGAGGCUGUAUAGCCAUUUUAUCCUGGUUCUUCACGUACCGAGUAUGGUAUGUUCAUCCAAACGUACUGCCAUCCUUACCGGGUGAAGGAGUGUUCAAAUAUAUUAAAAAGAUCACAAAAGAACCGACAGCGCCCGUUCAUAGAAGGCGCACUGGGAGCAUAGUCAAUGGAAAUUCCAAUCCCAUGUUCAUGGGACGCCCUAUUUAUACCACGGGUGUUAAUCCAGCAGAAGAUGACUCAGUCACUAGAUAGCCCCUUUUUGCCGCUUUUUUAUAACGCUGGUUAUGCAUUUUUUGUUUACAAAGGUAAUUUGUAACUUUACUUGUUAUGAUUUUCAAAGUUUAUGGUUACAUGUUUAUUUAUUUUAUCAGCCCGAAGUGUGUUUUAUUAGCUAAUAUUUUGUUAUUUACGCGAUAAGUGGAUGGUUAAUUACGGGGUAGUGGCAGUUAAGUCCGUAGUGUUGGAUCAAAUUAAAAUAUAACUCCUAGACAAAUAGGAUCUAUUAACUAUUGUUCAUGAUCGACGAUCGAUAAAAGUAAUAGAUUCGCUUAAUAAUGCAAGAAUUCAAAGCAGCAGAUCACUUGAUCGCUUAUCCAGCCUAUGUCGUUUGCCUAAAUAUUUAGUUCGAGGAAAAUUGGAGGUAUAUUUUUCUGUAAUUGAUGGUAAUUUUAAGGCCAAAAACAAUGAAGAACUUAAGAGCUUGUCGAUAAAUUUAUUCGACUUCCGGUGAAUUGUUUUAUAGUUUUACAUUACGCACAAGUAACAUACAAAAGUUACGCAAAGACAAAGCCGAUUGACAAACAAUUCAACAUCUUGUUUUUAAAAUAAGCACACCAACACUCACCAAAUGAAAAACUAUGAUUUAAAAGUGAGACUAAAACUGAAACAACCAAAAUGUAUAGAAAUAUAAUUGUACAUUUAUUUCGAAGGCAAAGAACAAUAGAAGAAAUCGAAAUUUGAAAAAUAAAGCUUUACGAAAAUAAGACUAUAACGAUCAUUAUGCAAAAACCUCAAUUAAUUCAAUGUAACUUCAGACUUUCAUAUACAGGGUGUCCCGUAAGCACAUGAUCAAAAGGGUACUGCGAUAUUCUUUGGAUCAAAAGAAGACGAUCUGACCUAACUUUUAUUAACAAAAAAUGUCUGACUCCUCUAAUAUUGACGGUCAAAGUUCUUCAAAAAAAUUUUUUUUUUGCAAUAUCGGGUGAAUAUUACCAUGUAUUUUGGUGAAACUCGCUGUGAAUUUGUUCUUAUGUAAGACUCAUAUAUUGAUGAAACAAUCGAGUUCAUCCGUUUUUGACAAGUGGGGAAUUCAUGUGUGUGUGUGUCGUGGUACAAAACUACCAGAACAUUUUUUUUUUGAACAAAAGUUGUGUCAGAUUGUCUUCAUUUGAUGCAAAGAAUAUCGCAGUAUCCUUUUGAUCAUGUGCUUUCGAGACACCCUGUUUAGCAGAGAUUUACGUUAGCUUUCAUCUUGAAAAAAUAAUUAAUUGAGUAUAAAUUCUUCAAAUUACGCGCACAUUUUCGUCACAAGUAUAUAGCAGUUUUUGUAUGUCGAAUCGUAUAUUUUUAAUAUUAUUUCAUGAUGGUAAUUACAUUAUAAAUUUAUUAAUGCUGUGAAGUGAAGGCACGUGAAGGUCUCUAAGAAAAUUGAUACUCAUUCAGAGGAUCCACAUUUAUUUAUAUAUUCAGAGAAACUUCUUUUUAAUAAACCGGAAUCUUCAUAGACUUAUUAGAUUUCAAUAACUGUGCUUGUGCUUUGUGGUUGGUCUUUAUAUUUCAUAUGUGUUGCAUAAUUUCCACGUCGGAGCGGCUAUGCUAUGCAAGCACCAUAUUUAUUCUAGUUGUUACAAAUCGCUUUCUAAAGUUUGUCAAGGUAAUUUGAAUAUACACAUAUCCUUAUUUAUUUGUAAUGUUUUGUUAUGGUUUUAUUAAUAGUAAUUGGUUUUACAUGGUAGGUUUAAAAUGAGGGGAUGUUUUGUAAAAGUAUAAUAAAACAAUUUUGAGUAA